AUAAUAUUCUAGCAUCCUCAAACUAGGGUUACUGUGAAUCCAAAUUUUUGACAAGAGAAAUGUCAAUUCAAUCCCCUUGUUUCCCGGUGGUAAAUGGCAAUCUCCGCCUUGCUAUUGCGUCGUUUCCGUCAUCAACGUUACGUUCUUGUCAGCGAAUAUCAGGAAACGGGGCCUGGAUUCCCAAAAGAGGAAGAGUUUAUGUGAAAUCAGAGGCCAAUACUGAUGAAGAAACUUCGUCUAGUUCUAGUGAAAGCACUACGAGCGGCAAUGCAUCUAUCUUCUCAUCUGUUCUCUGUCCGUUGCUUAAACUCUUCUCUGGAGGUGAUCCUUCUCAGAAACGUAAUCAUGCUCUUGAGGUCGCAACUUCUUCUUUAGCAUCUAUUGCAAGACUUCCAUGGGGAUCUCGAGUAUCAUCCAUGAGUACAGAUGUUUCUUCUAGUCCACCUUUGCGAUUGCAGCUUUUUGAAUUUGAGGCAUGUCCGUUUUGCCGUAGGGUGCGCGAAGCCAUGACUGAGCUAGACCUCUCUGUAGAAGUUUAUCCUUGUCCUAAAGGAUCUGUAAGACACAGGGAACUGGUUAGAAGAUCCGGUGGACAAGAGAUGUUUCCGUUCCUCAUUGACCCCAAUACCGAUACUUCAAUGUAUGAGAGUGGUGACAUCGUAAAGUACCUAUUUAAUCAAUAUGGAAAUGGGAGAGGCCCUUCCACAGGACUUCUGGAAAGCACCUUGUUCACAGGAUGGAUGCCAACACUUCUCCGAGCAGGUAGAGGCAUGUCAUUAUGGGACAAGGCUUCAACAGAUCCACCACCUCAAAUGCUCGAGCUCUUCUCUUACGAAAACAACUCGUAUGCGCGGUUGGUGCGUGAAGCACUCUGUGAGUUGGAGCUCCCCUAUGUAUUACACAACAUUGGAGAAGGGUCCACGCGAAUGAGAUCACUCCUAAAUGUUUCGGGAUCCGAUAAGGUUCCAUUUUUGGUUGAUCCAAACACUGGUGUCCAGUUAGGUGAUUACCAGAAGAUUCUGGCUUACCUCUUCAAGACUUAUUCUUCACCAGCAUCUGCAUAGUGAAUAAUCUUACAUAUACACCAUUAUCCUCAACUUGAGGACCCCAAAGCAAGGUACUCGGUAUCUGGAUGAAGAACUUAAGAGACAAUUAAUGGCGUUUCCAGGGAUCUUUUUAUAGAAAGUUCGAUCUAUAAUGUAUAGAAGUCUCCGAAAUAGACUAAAAACUCAUUUGUUCUGUAACAAUGCAGGAUCAGGACGCAUGGUAACACAAAGGUCCGUUUCUUAUUUAAGGUAUCUUUGGUGUAUAUAAUAAUAGUGCCAAUAUUGGUAAAUAUUGUAUAUCAAGACUAAACAACUGUCUUGUUUUGUGUUUGGGGAUCAGAUUCUUCUCUUUCAAGCAUCAGUUUGAUAACAUGAGCUACCCAUUAAGUUUCACAUCUUAUCUAUUUUAUUAAAAUAAAAUCACUAUUUUUAUUUACCA